AUGUUUGGGCUUGUUUCUGUGCUGCUACUUAAUGCUGUCGCUAUUUUAAGUGAAGACCGGUUUAUUGCCCGAAUCGGUUGGGGCUCACAGCAAGAGUUUGGAAUUCAAGACGAUUCAAUCAGGACUAAGAUGCUGGGUUUAACUCGUGCAACUAGGACAGUCAUGAGGCCAUUUCUCAUGAUCUUCAAUAUUCUCAUUAUAGGUUACGAAAUACUCUUUGGUUAA